CCUUCCCACCACGCCAGGCCCUGCAGACGGAGCUUCCAGGCGGGACGGAGCUAGCGGCCUGACCACUUGUGCCUGGGAAGCCAGCUUCCUCUCUGUCCCUGGGCCAUUGGCAUGCGUCUGCCUUGCACGGCCAGGGGCUCACAGCUGUCCCUGCUGGUCCCCGCUGCAGGCGUUCGGACUUGCUUUCUCAGCCCAGAAUGCAGGCUGAAAAAUGCAGGACAAGUAGCAGAAAUGUCAAGAAAGAGCUGGUGAUUGAUUCUCCCCUACAGCACAAGGAUGCAGCUCAGGGCGAAGUGGAGACGGAGAGCCCAGCUCCAGUGUUGGCAAAACCAAAGCUAAUUGAACCACUCGACUAUGAAAAUGUCAUUGUUCAGAAGAAGACGCAAAUCUUGAACGACUGUCUGAGGGAGAUGUUGCUUUUUCCUUAUGACGACUUUCAGACUGCCAUUCUGAGACGACAGGGUCGAUACAUCUGCUCCACAGUUCCUGCCAAUGCAGAACAGGAAGCGCAGAGCUUAUUUGUUACCGAGUGCAUCAAAACCUAUAACUCUGAUUGGCAUCUUGUGAAUUAUAAAUAUGAAGAUUACUCAGGAGAGUUUCGGCAGCUUCCAAACAAAGUGGUGAAGUUGGAUAAGCUUCCAGUUCACGUUUAUGAAGUUGAUGAGGAAGUCGACAAAGAUGAGGAUGCUGCCUCCCUGGGUUCUCAGAAAGGUGGGAUCACCAAGCACGGUUGGCUGUACAAAGGCAACAUGAACAGCGCAAUCAGCGUCACCAUGAGGUCAUUUAAAAGACGGUUUUUCCACCUGAUUCAACUUGGUGAUGGAUCCUAUAACUUGAAUUUUUAUAAAGAUGAAAAGAUCUCCAAGGAACCAAAAGGUUCGAUAUUUCUGGAUUCCUGCAUGGGCGUUGUUCAGAACAACAAAGUCAGGCGCUUUGCUUUUGAACUUAAGAUGCAAGACAAAAGUAGUUAUCUGUUGGCAGCAGACAGCGAAAUGGAAAUGGAAGAAUGGAUCACAACUUUAAACAAGAUUCUUCAGCUCAACUUUGAAGCUGCAAUGCAAGAAAAGCGAAAUGGAGACUCUCAUGAAGAUGACGAACAGAGCAAAUUGGAAGGUUCUGGUUCCGGUUUAGACAGCUACCUGCCUGAACUUGCCAAGAGUACCAGAGAAGCAGAAAUCAAACUGAAAAGCGAAAGCAGGGUUAAACUUUUUUACUUGGACCCAGAUGCCCAGAAGCUUGACUAUUCUUUAGCUGAGCCAGACGUGAAGCCAUUUGAAGAGAAGUUUGGAAAGCGUAUUCUUGUCAGAUGCAAUGAUUUGUCUUUCAAUUUGCAAUGUUGUGUUGCUGAAAAUGAAGAAGGACCCACUACAAAUGUGGAACCUUUCUUUGUUACUUUAUCCCUGUUUGACAUAAAGUACAACCAAAAGAUUUCUGCUGAUUUCCAUGUGGACCUGAACCAUUUCUCGGUGAGGCAGAUGCUGGCUGCCACAUCCCCGGCCUUGAUGAAUGGCAAUGGGCAGAGCUCACCUGCGCUGCAGUUCAUCCUUCAGGAAGCCGUCAUGCAAUACCCCAAGCAGGGAAUCUUUUCAGUCACAUGUCCUCACCCAGAUAUAUUUCUUGUGGCCCGAAUUGAGAAAGUACUGCAGGGAAGCAUUACACACUGUGCGGAGCCAUACAUGAAAAGUUCAGAUUCCUCGAAGGUUGCCCAGAAAGUUCUGAAGAAUGCCAAGCAAGCAUGCCAAAGACUAGGCCAGUACAGAAUGCCAUUCGCUUGGGCAGCCAGGACCUUGUUCAAGGAUGCAUCUGGAAACCUUGACAAAAGCGCCAGAUUUUCUGCUCUCUACAAGCAAGAUAGCAAUAAGCUCUCAAAUGAUGACAUGCUGAAGUUACUGGCUGACUUUCGGAAACCUGAGAAGAUGGCUAAACUCCCAGUGAUUUUGGGCAAUCUCGACAUUACCAUUGACAAUGUUUCCUCAGACCUGCCCAAUUAUGUUAAUUCAUCAUACAUUCCCAUGAAGCAGUUUGAAACCUGCACUAAGAUUCCAAUCACAUUUGAAGUAGAGGAAUUUGUACCUUGCAUACCAAAGCACACCCAGCCUUACACCAUCUACAACAGCCACCUUUAUGUGUAUCCUAAGUACUUGAAAUAUGACAGUCAGAAGUCGUUUGCCAAGGCUAGAAAUAUUGCUGUGUGCAUCGAAUUCAAAGAUUCAGAUGAAGAAGAUGCUCUGCCUCUCAAGUGUAUUUACGGCAGACCUGGUGGGCCUGUAUUCGUGAGAAGCGCAUUGGCUGCGGUUUUACACCAUCACCAAAACCCAGAAUUUUAUGAUGAGAUUAAAAUAGAAUUACCCACCCAGCUACAUGAAAAACACCACUUGUUGUUCACAUUCUUCCAUGUCAGUUGUGAUCAUUCAAGUAAAGGAAGCACAAAAAAGAAAGAUGUUGUCGAAACACAAGUUGGAUACUCCUGGCUUCCUCUUCUAAAAGACGGACGGGUGGUAACUAACGAGCAGUACAUCCCUGUGUCAGUGACUCUCCCGUCGGGCUACCUCGGCUACCAGGAAAUUGGGAUGGGCAGGCAUUAUGGUCCAGAAAUUAAAUGGGUAGAUGGAGGCAAGCCACUAUUGAAAGUUUCGACUCAUCUGGUUUCCACAGUGUAUACUCAGGAUCAGCAUUUACAUAAUUUUUUCCAGUACUGUCAGAAAACAGAAUCUGGAGCCCAGGCCUUAGGAAAUGAACUUGUGAAAUACCUUAAGAGUCUCCAUGCGAUGGAAGGCCACGUGAUGAUUGCCUUCUUGCCCACCAUCCUGAACCAGCUAUUCCGAGUCCUCACCCGAGCCACCCAGGAGGAAGUUGCAGUCAAUGUGACGCGGGUCAUUAUUCACGUGGUUGCCCAGUGCCAUGAGGAAGGAUUGGAGAGCCACUUGAGGUCAUAUGUUAAGUAUGCAUACAAAGCUGAGCCGUAUGUCGCCUCUGAGUAUAAGACAGUGCACGAAGAGCUGACCAAAUCCAUGACCACGAUUCUCAAGCCUUCUGCCGAUUUCCUCACCAGCAACAAACUCCUUAAGUAUUCGUGGUUUUUCUUUGAUGUUUUAAUAAAAUCCAUGGCUCAGCAUUUGAUCGAGAACUCCAAAGUUAAGCUGUUACGAAACCAGAGGUUUCCUGCUUCCUAUCAUCAUGCAGUGGAGACAGUUGUUAACAUGCUAAUGCCACACAUCACUCAGAAGUUUAGAGAUAACCCAGAGGCCUCUAAGAAUGCAAACCAUAGCCUUGCUGGCUUCAUCAAGAGAUGCUUCACCUUUAUGGACAGGGGCUUUGUUUUUAAGCAGAUCAACAACUACAUCAGCUGCUUUGCUCCUGGGGAUCCAAAGACACUUUUUGAAUACAAAUUUGAAUUUCUACGAGUGGUGUGCAAUCAUGAACAUUACAUCCCUUUGAAUUUACCCAUGCCAUUUGGAAAGGGCCGGAUUCAGAGAUACCAAGAUCUCCAGCUGGAUUACUCACUGACUGAUGAGUUCUGCAGGAACCACUUCUUGGUGGGACUGUUGCUGAGGGAGGUGGGGGCCGCCCUCCAGGAGUUUCGAGAAGUCCGCCUGAUCGCCAUUAGUGUACUCAAGAACCUGCUCAUAAAGCAUUCUUUUGAUGACAGAUACGCUUCGAGGAGCCAUCAAGCGAGGAUCGCCACUCUCUACCUACCUCUGUUUGGUCUGCUUAUUGAAAACGUCCAGCGGAUCAAUGUGAGGGACGUGUCCCCCUUCCCUGUGAACCCCGGCAGUACUGUGAAGGAUGAAUCACUUAACUUGCCAACUGUGAAUCCAUUAGUGACGCCGCAGAAGUCGGGCAACACGUUGGACAACAACCUGCACAAAGACCUCUUUGGUGCUAUCUCUGGCAUCGCUUCUCCAUAUACGACUUCAACUCCAAAUAUCAGUAAUGUGAGGAACACUGACUCCAGAGGUUCACUCAUCAGCACGGAUUCGGGCAACAGCCUUCCUGAAAGGAACAAUGAGAAAUGCAACUCCCUAGAUAAGCACCACCAGAGUGGCACUUUGGGAAAUUCUGUGGUUCGCUGCGACAAACUUGACCAGUCUGAGAUUAAGAGCCUGCUGAUGUGUUUCCUUUACAUCUUAAAAAGCAUGUCUGAUGAUGCGUUAUUUACGUAUUGGAACAAGGCCUCAACAUCUGAGCUUAUGGAUUUUUUUACGAUAUCAGAAGUCUGCUUGCAUCAGUUCCAGUACAUGGGAAAGCGAUACAUAGCCAGGAACCAGGAGGGGUUGGGCCCCAUAGUUCAUGAUCGAAAGUCUCAGACAUUGCCUGUUUCCCGUAACAGAACAGGAAUGAUGCAUGCCAGAUUGCAGCAGCUGGGCAGCCUGGAUAACUCUCUCACUUUUCACCACAGUUACGGUCAUUCAGACGCGGAUGUUCUUCACCAGUCCUUACUAGAAGCCAACAUUGCUACUGAGGUUUGCCUUACGGCUCUCGACACACUCUCUCUGUUUACGUUGGCAUUUAAGAACCAGCUCCUGGCGGACUAUGGGCACAAUCCUCUCAUGAAAAAAGUUUUUGAUGUUUACCUGUGUUUUCUUCAAAAACACCAAUCUGAAACUGCUCUAAAGAAUGUUUUCACUGCCUUAAGGUCAUUAAUUUAUAAGUUUCCCUCGACGUUUUAUGAAGGGAGAGCAGACAUGUGUGCUGCCCUGUGCUACGAGAUUCUCAAAUGCUGCAACUCCAAGCUGAGCUCCAUCCGAGCCGAUGCCUCACAGCUGCUCUACUUCCUCAUGAGGAAUAACUUUGACUACACUGGAAAGAAGUCUUUUGUGCGGACACAUUUGCAGGUCAUCAUUUCUGUCAGCCAGCUGAUAGCAGACGUGGUUGGGAUUGGGGGCACCAGAUUCCAGCAGUCCUUGUCCAUCAUCAACAACUGUGCCAACAGUGACAGACUCAUUAAGCAUACCAGCUUUUCUUCUGAUGUGAAGGAUUUGACCAAAAGGAUCCGCACAGUCCUGAUGGCCACUGCGCAGAUGAAGGAGCAUGAGAAUGACCCGGAGAUGCUGGUGGAUCUCCAGUACAGCUUGGCCAAGUCCUACGCAAGCACCCCCGAGCUCAGGAAGACGUGGCUCGACAGCAUGGCCAGAAUCCACGUCAAAAACGGGGAUCUCUCGGAGGCAGCAAUGUGCUAUGUCCAUGUAACAGCCCUGGUGGCAGAGUACCUCACGCGGAAAGGCAUGUUUAGACAAGGCUGUGUAGCCUUCAGAGUGAUUACCCCAAACAUCGAUGAGGAGGCUUCUAUGAUGGAAGAUGUCGGCAUGCAGGAUGUCCAUUUCAACGAGGAUGUGCUGAUGGAGCUCCUAGAACAGUGUGCAGACGGGCUCUGGAAGGCCGAGCGCUUCGAGCUGAUCGCCGACAUCUACAAACUCAUCAUCCCCCUUUACGAGAAGCAGAGGGAUUUCGAGAGGCUGGCCCAUCUGUACGACACACUGCACCGGGCCUACAGCAAGGUGACCGAGGUCAUGCUCUCAGGCCGCAGGCUCCUGGGUACCUACUUCCGAGUGGCCUUCUUCGGGCAGGGAUUCUUUGAAGAUGAAGAUGGGAAGGAGUAUAUUUACAAAGAACCCAAACUCACACCUCUAUCAGAAAUUUCUCAAAGACUCCUUAAACUUUACUCGGAUAAGUUUGGUCCUGAAAAUGUGAAAAUGAUACAGGAUUCUGGCAAGGUCAACCCUAAGGAUCUGGAUUCCAAGUAUGCGUAUAUCCAGGUGACCCACGUGACCCCAUUCUUUGAUGAAAAAGAACUGCAAGAAAGGAAAACGGACUUUGAGAGGUCACACAACAUCCGGCGCUUCAUGUUUGAGAUGCCCUUCACGCAGACAGGAAAGAGACAGGGCGGCGUGGAGGAGCAAUGCAAGCGGCGCACAGUGCUCACAGCAAUACACUGCUUCCCGUAUGUGAAGAAGCGGAUACCUGUCAUGUACCAGCACCACACGGACCUGAACCCCAUCGAGGUGGCCAUUGACGAGAUGAGCAAGAAGGUGGCCGAGCUACGGCAGCUGUGCGCCUCGGCUGAGGUGGACAUGAUCAAACUGCAGCUCAAGCUCCAGGGCAGUGUGAGCGUCCAGGUCAAUGCUGGUCCGCUGGCAUACGCCCGAGCUUUCUUAGAUGACACAAACACAAAACGAUACCCUGACAAUAAAGUGAAGUUGCUGAAAGAAGUUUUCAGACAAUUCGUGGAAGCAUGUGGUCAAGCCUUAGCAGUAAAUGAACGUCUGAUUAAAGAGGACCAACUAGAGUAUCAGGAAGAAAUGAAGGCCAACUACAGGGAAAUGGCAAAAGAGCUUUCUGAAAUUAUGCACGAGCAGAUCUACCCUCUGGAGGAGAAGUCAAACGUCCUACCGAACUCCCUUCACAUCUUCAAUGCCAUCAGUGGGACUCCAACGAGCACAAUGGUUCAUGGGAUGACCAGCUCAUCUUCGGUGGUGUGAUCACGCCUCCUGGACUCACUUGAUCGUUUGCAAACUCAGGCUGAUUUCCAAAG